AUGAGUCGUGCAACUGAACAUCAAACAUUUUAUCAAACCAAUCUGGAUAAAAAUUUGAUAUGGUUCCAUGGCUUCAUUGGUAUGACGAGGUACUACCUGACGAUAAUUUGCUGUCUCUACACCCUCGUCGAUAUGGGAUCUCUACAUUUUUCCGAGAAAAUAUGCGAACCGGUACUUUCAACGGAGGUAGAGGGCUGGCAUAUUAAAGUCAAUAGUCUAACGUCUCGCACGAUUCGACUGUCCGCAAGAAAACGCGGGUACAGAUUUUUUCCCAAGAUCCAAAGGGGAGUGGAAGUAGAAGACUACGGCAGAAAAGAGGCCUCCCUAUCGCUCAGAGACAUUCUUCCUUUGAAUCCAAAGCAAUAUGACAAGCACAGGGCGCCAAAGUUCUAUGGGCAACCCACCAUGGUCUACUUUCACGUCACUGUUCUCAGUCUCGAUUCAAUAAAUGAGGAAUCGAUGACAUAUGUAGCAGACAUAUUCCUAGCUCAAAGCUGGCGCGAUUCAAGGCUAAGGUUACCGGAGAAUAUGUCCGAAGAAUACAGGAUACUGGACGUGGAUUGGCUCCACAACAUAUGGCGUCCUGACUGCUUCUUCAAAAACGCAAAAAAAGUUACUUUUCACGAGAUGUCGAUACCAAAUCACUAUCUCUGGCUUUAUCAUGACAAGACUUUGCUCUACAUGUCCAAGCUAACACUGGUUCUCUCAUGCGCAAUGAAAUUUGAAUCUUAUCCUCAUGACACUCAGAUUUGUUCGAUGAUGAUAGAGAGCCUAUCGCACACGACACAGGAUUUAGUUUUCAUCUGGAACAUGACAGAUCCACUGGUUGUGAAUCCUGACAUAGAACUGCCGCAAUUGGACAUUUCAAAUAAUUAUACAACCGACUGCACAAUCGAAUAUUCAACCGGCAAUUUUACUUGCAUUCAAAUAGUAUUCAAUUUGCGACGUAGACUUGGUUAUCAUCUAUUCCACACGUACAUACCCUCUGCGCUAAUUGUCGUCAUGUCCUGGAUCGCCUUCUGGAUAAAGCCUGAAGCAAUUCCUGCAAGGGUUACUCUAGGAGUUACCUCCCUUCUCACUUUAGCAACUCAAAAUACACAGUCCCAGCAAUCAUUGCCACCAGUCUCAUACGUAAAAGCCAUCGAUAUAUGGAUGUCGUCAUGCAGCGUCUUCGUAUUUCUCUCUUUGAUGGAAUUCGCUGUCGUAAAUAAUUACAUGGGUCCUGUUGCUACCAAAGCAAUGAAAGGAUACUCUGAUGAAGACCUUAGAGAAUCAAUAGAUGAAUUUAAGACUCCAAUGAGGCCAGAAUCGAGAAAUCGGAGUCCAGUGAGGCCACUUAGCGUCCAGUACGACACUUGCUGUCACGGAAGAGCAACGGCCAUCCUAAUAGAUAAAUUUUCCCGAUUUUUUUUCCCCUUUUCCUUCGCCAUUCUCAACGUUGUCUACUGGAGUACUUUCCUCUAA